AUGUCGGAUCCAUCACGAGCUCUUGCUGCGGCUGACAUGCAUGUGAAAAUGCAGCUUCGUGCAGUAUUCAUCGAGUACCAGCCAACCAAACACACGAGCAGCUCACUGCGUCCCUUCCAUCACGCAAGGGUGGUAGUGACGGAAGUGGGCCAGCAUCUAAACGGAGAACCUCUCAAUGCGCAAUCCUCGGGUUUCGUCUACGACAGGCAUGACGGCGUGGUCAUUGGCACAAGCACCAAGGACAAGGUCUUAGCGCAGAAGGACCCUCAGGAAUAUGAAGGUCUACCCAAUGGGUGGCAAUCCGUAUACUACGGGUUUACCGAUCAUUCCUUUGAAGAGAUUGGAAAUAUUGUGCAAGACCAAGUAGACUCGAAAAUUGGCUACAAUAUUGUCUUCAAUCAUUUCCACACUUUUGCAGAAGAUCUUGCCUUCCGCAUUGGGCAUGAAGCAUCUUUCAAGAGUAUUACCAAGUUCCCUGUUGAUUCUGUUAGCAGCGACCGACCGUUUGAAGCAUCCCAGAUCACAAGGGUGUUUGACCAUAGUGACCCGGGAAUAGAAUACAAAAGCAUUGCAGAUGCGAUGCGUGAGGGCAUGAUGGAUCGAACUCCGGAAUUCGAUGAAGAAGCCGUUAUGAUCUUAUCGGUGAUGGAAGCGGCUUACCCCACAAGUGCCAUGACGAUAUCCCGGGACGUCAUCUCCGCACACUUUGCCGAGUUGGGAAUGUUGAAACGACCCGGUCCCGACGUGGCCGCCGGCCACAGCGAGGUUUGCCGUAUGCAGAAGAACAUGAUUGACAAUUCUCAUGAUUCUACGAUAUCGGAGGCGCGGGGUGAUUUACCAAGCCUGGAUAAGCCUCCCUGA